AUGGCAGGCGGACGUGGAAAACCAAAAAAGGAACCAAAGCAACAAAAGAUCCAGGAACCAGAACCCCAAGAAGAAACAAGUGAGGAGGAACAAGAAAAUGAGAGUGGUAUAAUCGAAUCUAAUGUUGACAUGUCGAUUGGCGAAACUGAGGAUAUUGAACAAGACCCAGAGGAAAUGGAAACUGAAUCCGAGGAAGAACCAAUGGAACCUCCAAAGACUGUAGUUAUCAAGACCGAUAAAAAAGUUGCAGGCAGAAAGAAGAAAGUUCAAAAAGUUUUAGAAGAAAGCAAGAAAAAGAGCAAGAAUGAUGGAAAAAACAAAAAUAGUAUAGUAUUUUCCAGAUACAUACAUCAAGUGCUCAAUCAAGUCCAUCCAGAGAGGACUAUUUCAAGUAAAGCAAUGAACAUAAUGAACAACUUUGUUUGUGACAUGUUUGAACGCAUUGCCAAUGAAUCUUCGAGCUUAACAAAACUUGGCAAGAAUCUUACAAUGUCAAGUCGUGAAAUUCAAACUAGCGUGCGAUUAUUGCUGCCAGGCGAACUGGCUAAUCAUGCGAUGAGUGAAGGAGCUAAAGCUGUAAAAUUGUACUCAAUCAGCAAAGCUAAAGACAAGAAAUGA